AUGUCAUCCUCAGAUAUAUUUGACGUACUGAACAUUAAACAAAAAUCUAAAAGUCCGACUAAUGGCCACACGUCGGUACUCUCGUCCUCCGCCGUCAGCCGAGCUAAACCUCAGGUGACGGGUAUGCAAAGGGAACUAUUUAACCUAUUGGGAGAAAAUCAACCUCCUGUUGUUAUUCAGUCUGGAAGCAACUUCAAAGAAAAAAUGCUUUCAACAUCCAAACCAUCCCCUUGGUCGUUUGUGGAGUUCAAAGCUAAUCGCUUUGUGACUCUACGCCAUUGGGUCAAGGGUUCCAAAGAACUAAUAGGAGACGAACCAAAGGAAUCAGCGUAUUCUAAGUUUAAUCAGCAUCUGUCUAUUCCAUCGUUUACCAAGGAAGAGUACGAAUCUUUUAUGAAUGAAACAGGAAAUCAAGAUUUUCUGGAGAAUGAAAAGAAUCUUAACGACAGCCAUGCAAAUGAAAGGGUGGAUGAAAAUAAAAACAAUUGGCCCUUUGAGGAAAUAAUAUAUUUGUUUAAACUUUGCGAAAAGUAUGAUUUGCGUUGGUUCUUAAUUUUUGACAGAUAUAACUAUAAUGAAUCACGAACACUUGAAGAUCUCAAAGAAAAAUUUUAUCAUAUCUGUAGAAAUUACUUCAAGGUAAGCAAUCCCAGCAACCCACUUCUAUCUUCAUUAAAUUUUUCUGCUGAAAAAGAAGUAGAGAGGAAAAAAUAUCUACAACGCCUUCUCUCUCGUUCAGCAGCAGAAAUUGCUGAAGAAGAAGCUCUGAUAGUUGAGUCAAAGAAAUUUGAAAUGGCUGCUAAGCGAACCCUAGCAGAAAGGGAAUCACUGCUAAGGUUAUUGGAUUCUCCACAUUCUGAUCAGACGAUUACACAAUAUCUCACAUCUCAGGGGAUGUCACAGUUAUAUAACACGCUGUUAACAGACAAGACUAGAAAACGUAAGCACGAUCCAAACAUUCCUGAAAACCCUUGGAUGAAGCAGCAACAGCAAUUUGCUCAACAUAGACAACUUCAACAAAUGGGUGUGAAAAAAUCGGAUGUUAAAGAGAGCUCUUCCCCCAAGAAGACGAAAAGACAAAGGCAAGAGAUUCAGACGGCACUUAAAAGAAAAUCAGAAAGCGCAUACGCCGAACAAUUAUUGAGAGAUUUUAAUUCUGAUGAAAGAAAGGCAUUGGGUGUGAUCACACAUGGCGAAAAAUUGUCACCAGGAGUGUACCUAAGAUCGACAAAACUGUCAACCUUUAAACCUGCGCUACAAAAUAAAAUCCUCGCUAUCCUGCAAGAACUUUCUCUACCUUCUCGUCCCGUGAUGCCCUCACAUGACAUAGUAGAAAGACAAGAAGAGCUUUUAAAAAAGAUAAACACUCUGAUCGACUUAAAAAAACACGUUGACAAAUACGAAUUUGGCAGGUCCAUCACCAAAUGA